ACGGCCCCGCCCAACAUGACCUACAGCAUCCGCCUAAGUAACUCCAUGAGGAAUGUGGAGAAUGAGAACAGCAUGUCCCAGUGGCAGACAGAGGAUCUGUUUCCAUUCUACCAGGUGCCUGGACCCAGAAACAAGGAUGAUUUGUAUGGAGGGGUACCAGCCUACUAUCGUGAGGGUUUCCUGACUCUACAGAAUGCUAUAGACAUGGCUGUUCUCCAGUUUCAGGGCGCCAGUCUCAACCAUGCUACAUUGAUGCAGCGGUACCCGUACCCUCCGUAUUUUGAAGACCUCUACGUCAUUGUACUUCAGUCAUCUUUUCCUGAUCUCAUUAUGGUCAGUCUGGUGCUCGUAGCCCUCAACAUCGCCAAGAGUGUUACCUAUGAGAAGGAGAAGAGACUCAAGGAAUCUAUGAAAAUGAUGGGUCUGUCCAACUGGGUUCACUGGUCAGCAUGGUUCAUCAAAUACUUCAUCUAUCUGAUUAUCACCGUUUCUCUGAUGACGAUGAUGUUUUGCAUCAAGGUUGGUGACCUCAAUGCGGCCGUAGUCACCAACAGUGACCCCUCUAUCAUAUUUGUCUUCUUGAUGCUGUACGCUGUUCUCAGCAUCAUGUACAGCUUUGCUAUAAGUUCACUGUUCAGUAAAGCAAACUCUGCAGCAGUAGCAGCCGGUGUGUUUUGGUUCAUCUCCUACAUGCCCUAUUACUUCCUGCUUCUCUUCUACCAGGGUCUGUCAUUACCAGGCAAGAUUGCCUCCUGUCUCAUCUCAAAUACAGCCAUGGGUCUUGGAGCUCAGAUUAUUGCACUCUUUGAAGGCACAGGUGAAGGUAUCCAAUGGGAUACAAUCAACAAGCCUUUCUCCGUGGAUGAUGACUUCACGUUACUGCAGGUUAUGAUGAUGAUGGUCUUAGACAUCAUCCUCUAUGGCGUUUUCACCUGGUACGUGGAGGCGGUCUUCCCUGGAGAGUUUGGAGUACCACUAGGAUGGAAUUUCUUCUUAAAGCCAUCUUACUGGUGUGGUUCCCCCAUCAUUGUGGAGGUCUUGGAAGGAGAUGGUUUCUCCAUGCAGCUGCCAGGUGCUAACUCAGGGUUCUUUGAGGAGGAACCAACCAACAUCAAGGCUGGAAUACAAAUCAGGAAUCUCAGCAAGGUGUUCAAGAACAAAUCCGCAGUCAACAAUGUCUCCAUGAACAUGUACAAGGGUCAGAUCACUGUCCUGCUGGGUCACAACGGCGCAGGUAAGACCACCACGAUGUCCAUGCUGACUGGAUUCAUCCCACCCACUAGCGGCACAGCCUUCCUGAAUGGAUGUAGCAUCAGGGGCAAUCUGGAGGGGGUCAGGUCUAGUCUUGGACUCUGCCCUCAACACGAUGUACUCUAUGAUGAUCUGACUGUAGAGGAGCACUUGUAUUUCUUUGGGAAGCUUAAAGGACUUUCUACAGCAGAAGUAAAGAAAGAGACUGAGCACUACAUUGAAGCUACAGGUCUACAGGAUAAAAGGAAACAAUAUUCCAAGUCACUGUCUGGCGGAAUGAAACGUAAGCUGUCGGUGGCUAUUGCCCUGAUCGCUGACUCAAAGGUUGUAAUGUUAGAUGAGCCCACCUCGGGCAUGGAUCCUGAUGCCCGGCGGUCAACCUGGGACCUUCUAGAGAACCACCGGGAUGGCCGUACCAUACUCCUGACCACUCACCACAUGGAUGAGGCUGACCUACUGGGUGAUCGCAUUGCCAUCAUGGCUGAAGGAGAACUCCAGUGUUUUGGGACUUCGCUCUUCCUUAAGAAGAAAUACGGUGUUGGCUACCACAUGGUGAUGGUCAAGUCCCCUCAGUGUAACGUCAAUCAAGUGGCUGACUUGAUCCAUUCCUACAUCCCCACGGCGUCCAUGGAGAGUAACGUCGGCGCUGAGCUGUCCUUCAUCCUGCCCAAUGAGGCCUCUGACACCUUUGAGGCUCUCUUCACACAUCUUGAGGAGAACAAGAAAGUAUUGGGUAUCAGUAGCUAUGGUGCAUCCAUCACCACCAUGGAAGAAGUCUUCAUCAAAGUUGGUGAAAAUUCUGACAGCACCUUGUCGGGGAAGCUACACCACAACUCAGUACCGAGCCAACGAUUAACCAAUGGCCUGCUACCAUCCAAGGAACAUAUCAGGCAGAAUGGGCAAACUAUUGGGAUACAGUCCACCCCGGGCUCCACCACAAAGCCAGCGCGCUAUGGAUCAAUGGAUGACAUACACAAGGAAGUUCAGACCACUGAUAUGGCGUUUGUGGACAUGGCCAUGUCGAAUGAUUAUGAUGGCAAACAAGGUGGCCAGUAUUCCAGCAAGACCCAGCUGACAACAAAGCAGCGUCGGAACACCGGCCUUAAACUCUACCUGCAGCAGUUCAGAGCCAUGCUUGUCAAGCACAUUCUGCACAGCAGACGCAACGUGAUUCUAGCGUCCGUCCAACUCUGCGUACCUCUCUUAAACACCGCCAUCGCUGUUGUCUUACUCCUUGUGUCACCCCAGUGGUACAUCUCACCACCCCUAAUCAUAAGCGCUACUCCGUACAAAGAAGGCAUCGCUCAAUUCUCAAAGGGAUUAAACUUUUCCUCCCAGGUGACGAAAAGUUUAGGCCAGUCGUACCUGCGACAGUUUGAUGGUACAGGAACGCAAGUUGUGGACAUUGAUGAGGUUACAUCAGUUCCUCAUAAUAUGCGUGAUUAUUUAGUCUCACAGGGCCAGGAUGGCGUUGGCAUGUACAAUUCUAAGAACCUUGUCUCGGCAGCGUUUGAAUAUUACGACGACGCACCUAUCAUCGGUAACAUAUCUUUGGGAAAUGUAUCUCUGAUUGUUGGAAUGGCAUUCUAUAAUAACCAACCAUACCACACGUCACCUCUCUCACUGAACGCAAUCAACAACGCUUAUGCCAGGUAUUACCUAGGCGACCAACACAACUUCAAUGUCAUCAACGAUCCUCUCCCGGCGACCGUGGAAGAACAAUUUUCCGAGCAGUCCGAAAGCUUCGGCCUGGGCAGUAUGAUUGCAUUCACCAUGGUAUUCGGUAUGUCAUUUUUGGCUUCCUCCUUUGGGGUGUUCCUCAUCAUGGAGGCCAACACCAACGCCAAGCACCUCCAGAUCGUCAGCGGUGUCCACGCUGUCGCCUUCUGGUUCUCCAAGUUCAUCUGGGAUCUCAUCAACUACAUGAUACCAUGCGUGCUGAUCGGACUCCUUAUGCUGGCAUGCAGAGUGGAUGCUUACGCCCUGGAUGGCCGCAUCUGGGAUCUCUACCUCCUUCUGUUUCUCCACGGUUGGGCAGUCAUCCCUUUCAGCUACCUCCUAGCAUUCUUCUUCAAGGAGCCUGCAUCGGGCUAUGUCCGUAUCCUCAUCAUUAACAUUGCCCUUUCGAUGUUGAUGUACUUUACCUAUAAAGUGUUGUCGAUCGAGGAGCUUGGGCUGACUAAUGUAGCUCAGCUCCUGGACUGGAUCUUUAUGUUGAUGCCUUUGUAUAGUCUUGGUGCUGCCCUGGAGGUCUACUAUAUACACUACACUCACAUUAGCAUCUGCCUGUCAUUCGUUCCAUACAGCCAGCAGUACUGUGACAUUGAAGGUAUCUCCUACAACCCAGAGUAUCUGACGUGGAGUGGGGAGGGUAUCGGUCGCUACCUGGUAUUUUUUGCCAUUGAGGGUGUCCUAUACUUUGCGCUUGUAUUCGUCGUGGAUUCAGACCUCUUCAAGAAGAUGAUACAAGGCAUCAGGAAGGUGUUAUGUUGCAGGAAGAAGAGACUGGUGUAUAGUGAAACUGAUAAAGCAAUUAAUGUGGAGGCUGAUGAGGAUGUUGCCAGUGAGAGGUCCCGCAUCCUAGACACACCCCUCCAGGAGUUGAAUCAGACGGAUGCUCUUCUCAUCAAGGAUCUGAAGAAGGUUUACUCCUUGAGAGGAGGCCAAGGGCUGGUGGCUGUGGAUGGUAUCUCAGUGGGAGUUCCUCUUGGAGAAUGCUUUGGUCUCCUUGGUGUGAAUGGAGCAGGGAAAACCACAACAUUUAAGAUGCUGACUGGUGAUGAGACACUAACAGCUGGUACAGCUUACCUUGAUGGCUAUAGCAUUAAGUCAGAUAUCAAAAGGGUCCAGCAACGGAUGGGUUACUGCCCCCAGUUUGAUGCCCUGAUUGACCAGAUGACAGGUAGGGAAACCCUCACCAUGUAUGGUAGAUUAAGGGGUGUACCCGAGGCAUACAUCCCAGAUGAGGUCAACCGACUACUCAAGAUACUCACUAUUGAUCCUCAUGCAGAUAAACUCACCAAGACGUACAGUGGAGGCAAUAAGCGUAAGUUGAGCACGGCCAUCGCACUGAUGGGUGAUCCACCAAUUAUCUUCCUGGAUGAGCCAACAACGGGAAUGGACCCAGUAGCAAGAAGACUACUGUGGGACACCCUGUCUCAGAUUCGCGCCAGCGGGAAGUGCAUUAUCCUCACAUCACACAGCAUGGAAGAAUGUGAAGCUCUAUGUACACGGCUGGCAAUCAUGGUCAAUGGUCAGUUUAAAUGUCUAGGCAGCGUCCAGCAUCUUAAGUAUCGCUUUGGUCAGGGCUACACUGUACUAGCCAAGGCUCAGCAUGGUGAGACACUCAGUAACUUCAAAUUACUCAUGGAAGAGAUGUUUCCUGGAAGCAAAUUGAAAGACGAACAUCAAGGCAUGGUCCACUACCACAUCACCAACACACAGCUCACAUGGGCCCAGGUCUUUGGGGCCAUGGAGCGGGCCAAGACUAGCUGCGGCAUCAAAGACUACUCCGUCAGCCAGACCACUCUUGAGCAGGUCUUCCUUAACUUUGCCCGAAUGCAAAGGGAAGAUAGUCGACGGUAGCCAGAAGGUAAUGGGUGCACCUGUCUCACUUGUUGUACAUAUAUUCACUUUUAUAAUGGGUACUAUUCAAUGCUUAAAAAUUGUGCAAAUUUUUGUUAUUUUGUUAUGGUCAGAAUUGGUAGCCAAUCAUCCCAAAUAUUGUCCCAAUUAUUGUCAGGCCUAUUCAAACUACAACUGGGACAGAUCAACUCAUGUCGAGUCAGGUCCCUCAAGUUUGGGCUUCUUUUACUUUGCCGAGGGAAGAUGAUCGACGAUAGUCAGAAGGUAAUGGGUAGAAGGUUAGGGGUGGGGGUCCAGUCUCUACCCCCUCUCUUUGUUCCCCUUUUGUGCCCCACUGGUUGUACAUAUAUUCACUUUUUU